AUGUACUCGCAAGCCCCAGCCCCCGCCAGCCAAGGCAAGAGCAAGGAAGGGAGCAAUGUACAAGGUCACUACCACCAAGAGGUACCACCACACAGCCAGCAUGGGAUACAUCUCCAACAGAUCCCAACGUUGCCAUCGACCCAGCAAACAUCACCACCCCUCCAGCAAGGUCAGACUGGUGGUAGCAACACCUACCACAUAGAGGACCUCUCCAACAACACUCGCCUUCCCACUUCCACAUCCUGUGACCCAUUGAGCACCACUCCUGGGAGCAUCCAGGUGUGUGCCAACACGUCCAAGAGCAACUCGCGUGCCGUAUCUUCUACGGGUCGCACGCCUAAGAAGCGGGCCGCUCCAGGAUCUAACCCCAAGCAACUGAGUAAGGCGCCCAGCAUGCGGACACCAGUGACGCAGAUAGUGACUCCUCAGGUUUACCAGCAGACACAAGUGCCACAGCUGCACCAGGACCAGACACCUCGCCCAAGGGACACCAUCAGCUUCAGCAAACACUGCCAGACGGAACCUUUGUUCCAACAGGUCUAUAAUGCCUCUGUGCACUUCUCCAAGGAGAAGGAACUACCUGAUGGCCUCAGUUAUACAGAGGAUGAGAAAGAGAAGAAGAUAUCUGGUGUCGUCGCAACCAAAGACCUCGAGGUCGGGGUGCAGUUUGGACCAUUUACUGGAGAGUUUGUGAAGGAAGGCUUGGGUUGCUUCAACCCAAACACAUGGGAGGUAUGCGUGAGGGGAAAGACCUGGUACUACAUCGACGGAGCCACCGACCCUCACAACUGGAUGCUCCAUGUCCAGUUUGCCAAGAAUUCUGAGGAACAGAAUUUAGAGGCCUUCCAGUUCUAUGGGGACAUCUUCUUCCGAACCACCAAGCCUGUAACGUCUGGUACGGAACUGAGGGUGUUCUACAGCCAGGAUUACUCUAAGCAUGUGGGCUUCAAGGAAAACCUCAACAACCUGCUGUACUUUGAAGAUGCUGAGAGGUUUGAGUGCAGAGAUUGUGACAAUCGCUAUACCAACUCCAAAAGCCUGUUCAGACACAUCAAGUUUGAACACGACAACAAGAAGAACCUGAUUCCUCCCAAGGAUUUUGAACCAGCCAAGCCCACUCCACCCCCGAAGCCAAAGAUACCGAACCUUAUGACCAUCAAGGAUGUCGCAGCGAAGAUGGCAAGGGACAAAGAGCGCAACGCAGAGAAGGCUCGGGAGAGACCUCGAGUGGACAAGUCCAAGAGAUUCUUGAAGGUCAAGCUCGUCCCACUUGGAAAAUCUUCAGAGAAGGACGAGUUCUCUUGCAAGAGGUGCAGGAAGAAGUUCCCGUCAGAGGGGCACUUGAAGGAACAUGCUGCAUUUCACAAGGAAAUGAAAGACGUGAAGCCAAUUUGCGAGGUCUGUGGACUUGAGUGUAAGCAUAACAAAGCACUGAAGCAACAUCAGCUUUCCCAUAACCCUGAUGCAUUCCAGUGUGAGUUCUGCAAGAGGUAUUUCCGCAGGAGGGGUUGUCUUGUGUACCACCUGAGGCACAUUCACCAGACCUUUGUGGGUGAGAAAUGGACAAGGGGCAACGUCCAGGAGCAGAUGACGAGAUACGUGGGGCCUGGCGAGGAAGAUGAGGAAGAGGAAUUCCAUCCAGAACUGCCCAAGGACAUGUUAGGUAAGCAUAUCCUCAUCAAGUCAAAGAAGCCAAGGGUUUUUAAGUGCCAGUUCUGCCCCAAGAAAUUCAUAAGACACAACCUGGUGUGCAAGCAUGAAAGAACUGUGCACAUGAACAAUGGACGCUUCAAAUGUGAUUUCUGUCCGAAGACUUUUAUGGAGGAAUACAACUAUACUCUGCAUAAACGUAAGCAUACCAAGGAACGCCCCUUCAAGUGUUCGGAGUGUCCUCAGUCCUUUGCAUCGGAGAAAGCGCUCAUUAACCACCAACCAGAACAUCGCGGGGAAAGACCUUUCAAAUGUGAUGAUUGUGGGAAGGCAUUCCGCACCAGAAAGUACAUGCUGAAACACAAACGUAGGCAGCAUAUGGCACCUUCUAGACUCUUCAAAUGUGGAUACUGUGACAAGACUUUCAAAGACAACACUGGCAGGGAGCGCCAUGAACGUCGCCACAAGGGUAUCCGGCCUCAUGUCUGUCUGACAUGUGGGAAAGCGUUUGGUACAAAAUAUUCCUUGCAGACUCACUUGCAUGUUCAUACAGGGGAAAAGAAGUUCUCAUGUCAUAUUUGCGGUCAGAAAUUUGCCUUGAACAACACCCUAAUAAGGCAUCUCCUGCGGCAUGACAAGGAGUCGGCUCUGAGUGACCAAGGUAUUUCCAGCGUUCAGGACACAGUUGCUCUUCAGAACAGCUCAACUGGUAACACCGGACUUCAAGAAGUUCAACUCCACCCAUCGUAGCAGUAAUUAGGAUAUCUGCCCUUCCAUCAGCAAGUGAUUUCCUGAUUAAACCUGAGCCGAGAGGUGGAGGUGGCAAACGCGACAUGGACAUAGACCACAGCAAGGAGACUGACCCUAAACCAAUACAGCGAGAUGCUCAGGACAAAGAUGAAAGCCAUAAGACUAAACCAAUCAGUGAAAUUUGUGGGGAGGAAUGUAAUGCUAAGCACAACAUGUCUCUGAGGCAGCAUCUGCUGUCACAUGACCCCAGCUCCUAUCAACGUCAGUACUGUGAUUGGUUCUUCAAGAGGAAAGGCUGCCUCGUCUUUCAUCUCCGCACCAUACACGAGAUCACCAUGGGUAGGAAAUGGCUCCUGGGGACCAUAGAUGAGCUUCUGGAGAGGGACAUUGUGUCUGAAGAUGACCAGGAAUAGUCCAGGCUUGUGGAGGAGAUGAGGAAGCAGAAGCGGUUGCAACAGGCUGUAAAUGACUCCAAGGGAUUGAGACAAAGGUGUAAGAUCUGCAGAAAGGAAUGGAAGCAUACCAGAGCCACGAAGCAGCAUAUGCUGUCCCAUGACCCCAACUCAUUUCGAUGUCAGUUCUGCAAGCGGUACUUUAAGAGGAAAGGUUGUUUUGUUUUUCAUUUGCGUACCAUACAUCACUUGUCCGUGGGUAAAAAGUGGUCCUGUCUUGAAAAAGAGGAUCUGGUGACACCAACCACAACUGACAGCAAAGAACUUGAUCAGAGCAACGAUUUGAAUGACUAUGACAGUAUGGUGGAGGAAAUUGAAAGCUUAGACUCUACCAAAAAAGAAUAUGACUAAAGGACAGUUCAUCAAAGGAAACGGCAACAGAAGAAACCUACAUCUCAUACACCAUGGUAAACCAGUCAAUUCAGAGGUGGUGUCAAUUGCAAUACAUGUACAUCAGGAUGAGAAGGUAGACAUAGUUGAUAGAAAGAGUGAAGCUGAAUUUGCCAAUCCUUAUUUAUAUGUAAAAUCUCAAUUUUUUUCUUGCCAUUCACAUUUUUACUACUUACCUUGAUUUUUAUGAUGGCACAUUUGGUCACUAUACAUAACUUAUUCAGCCUUCUUGGUAGGCUUUUUGAAAUGCGCUUCAGAUUCUGAAAUAGAUACUCUUGUACAUUGGAUAGAUUCAAAAUGUCUGAUGAAGUAGCUACUUAUGACCAACUUAUUCAUCCUAGUUUGUCUAUAAACCAAUUGCAGCUGCUGUGGAACCGCGGAGAAGGGGGGGGGGGCAACUUUAUCAACAAUCAUGUACUAAAAAAGGUUAAGAUGGCCAUCUGAUUUUUGAAUGGCAUGGUCAGUUUACCCCUUUCAAAAUUGUUUUCUGGUGCCCGAUCGCAGUAAAAUUUGUGGGUAUUUUUUUUCUUUUUGAUAUCAGGAUAUGAUCCUUGUCUGUCGCUUUCUGAUAAUCAGUCACUGAAUUUUGAAAACCCGUAAUUUCUCCCUCACUUGUUCUUUGUCCAAGUUUUUCAAAAAGCGAGCUUUAAUAAGUCCGGUUGGAUGCUGGAUGGGCAUCGACGUACUGGUUGAUAAAUGAUGUCGGAGAAAUCUGCAGAUAAUUUAAGAUUAUCAACAUAAAAGGCUUGUAGCAUUUCCUGUACCUGUUCAUUAUCUCUCUCCGGAAUACCGAGGAAUACAAGAUUCUCUCUAGCAAUGUAGGUUGUUAAACGAUCAAUCUCCUCUUGAAGCUUGUUACAUUUAACGACACAUUCCACUCUCACCUUUUUGUAUGCUCUUUUGCCUUUUCCACCUCCAAACAGAACAAUAAUGCGUCACAUCCUUCGUUUAGUUUUUUGUCAAUUUCCAGGAUCUUUCGCGUAAUUUCUUCCAUCUUCCCUCCGAUACAUGUCUAAAAAUUGUCCAAUCUUGACUCCAGUCGAGACAUUAAUUUUUCUCCUAGGUCAGUUUCUUGCAACAUUUUCUUUCCAGACAUCUUCCGUUUUCCUAAUUGUUACGCUGGAGUUUGAUGACCUGCUAGGCGCUCUUGGACGUUUCCUUUCCAUAGAAUACAUUGUAUAUGAAGAUAUGCCUGUUGAAGACAGUUCAAUAAAUGGAAUAAAAUACAAGUUAAGGGGAGAAUCGUAAAAGAAAACCUCUGGAAGUAUGUAGAAAUUAAAGUAAAAAAAGAGUUAAUCAGUCCAAAUUACCCGUGCCACAUAGCCACCAACAAGGCCUGGCAUGCGAAGGGGCACUGUGACACGAGCGAAGAGAGAAAAAAAUCACGUCCGCAUCCUACGAAUGACCAAUAUGGGACUACAAUAUUUACCGAGUUUAACAUCAUAAAUCAGAGUCAAGAAAGAGGUGAAUAUUCUUCAUUUUUACCAUAGUUUCCAACUAAUUUAAAAUAAUUUCAAGGAAUUAUGGAAAAUAGAUGCCUAUUUCAUGAAUAUAAAGAUGUAAAAUGUGAAAUUUUAGCAACUUUUGGUGAAGCUUUUAAAAAUAAAAAAAUAAGGAGCGUGAUAUUAUUCUCAUAUUUUUUAGGAGCGUGGUACGAGCACCGGCGUGAUCGCGCUUCUCAAAAAUGAAGGUCUGAACUUUUCAAACCACAUUUUUCAUUAUGUGGGUUUUACAAAAAUCAUUGUAUUGGCAAUGUGGGAAUAAACUUUUACCUAGUUAAGUGAACUUA